AUGAAACGAUCUGCUGCUGCUGCUACCCAAUGCCAAGGGAUACUGAAGUUCCUGGAAAGGUUAGUCAGCCAGUUUGUUAGUCCAGUAAUGUUGGCAUGUUAUUUCCACUGCUGGUGAUUAUUCACAAAUGUUUGUCUACAAUCUACAACUUCCGCCACAGAGCAGCCUACACAGACGAUAUGAACACAUUGGUCCAACCAUAACAGAUGGAUGGCUAAUGGAUGGAUGGCUAAUGGAUGGAUGGCUAAUGGAUGGAUGGCUAAUGGAUGGAUGGCUAAUGGAUGGAUGGCUAAUGGAUGGAUGGCUAAUGGAUGGAUGGCUAAUGGAUGGAUGGCUAAUGGAUGGAUUCUAGCACCACCAUAACUUUCACAAAUACAGAAACAGGCAGCCAUCACGGUGUCAGUCUUUUUCAACUAGCUAGUUCAUAGUGACACCUACUGAUAUGAACUGGUAAUGCAGGUUUGGGUAGAAUAGAGUGCAACAGAAUGAGUGACAUUCAAUAAAAUCUACUUCAUAAAAAGGGGGAUAUUAUUUUCAAUGAAAAAGUUGAAAGUAAUUGAUUUAAUUAUUGAAUAUAUUGAUUUUACAGGCAAUCAGUACCUACAGUGUCAGUACCUACAGUGCCAGUGAACCAACCCGUGGUGGGCCAGAUGGAGACCAGGACAACAACACAAGGUUAAAGUUUUUAUGACUUACACAUAAAACAACGUUGUUACAAAGUCUACUGUCUAUAGUGUUAAAUGUAACCCUGCCUUGUUACAGUCUGCUGUCUAUAGUGUUAAAUGUAACCCUGUCUUGUUACAGUCUACUGUCUAUAGUGUUAAAUGUAACCCUGUCUUGUUACAGUCUACUGUCUAUAGUGUUAAAUGUAACCCUGUCCCUUGUUACAGUCUACUGUCUAUAGUGUUAAAUGUAACCCUGCCUUGUUACAGUCUACUGUCUAUAGUGUUAAAUGUAACCCUGCCUUGUUACAGUCUAUAGUGUUAAAUGUAACCCUGCCUUGUUACAGUCUACUGUCUAUAGUGUUAAAUGUAACCCUGUCUUGUUACAGUCUACUGUCUAUAGUGUUAAAUGUAACCCUGUCCCUUGUUACAGUCUACAGUCUAUAGUGUUAAAUGUAACCCUGCCUUGUUACAGUCUACUGUCUAUAGUGUUAAAUGUAACCCUGCCUUGUUACAGUCUAUAGUGUUAAAUGUAACCCUGCCUUGUUACAGUCUACUGUCUAUAGUGUUAAAUGUAACCCUGCCUUGUUACAGUCUACUGUCUAUAGUGUUAAAUGUAACCCUGCCUUGUUACAGUCUACUGUUUAUAGUGUUAAAUGUAACCCUGCCUUGUUACAGUCUACUGUCUAUAGUGUUAAAUGUAACCCUGCCUUGUUACAGUCUACUGUCUAUAGUGUUAAAUGUAACCCUGCCUUGUUACAGUCUACUGUCUAUAGUGUUAAAUGUAACCCUGCCUUGUUACAGUCUACUGUCUAUAGUGUUAAAUGUAACCCUGCCUUGUUACAGUCUACUGUCUAUAGUGUUAAAUGUAACCCUGCCUUGUUACAGUCUACUGUCUAUAGUGUUAAAUGUAACCCUGCCUUGUUACAGUCUACUGUCUAUAGUGUUAAAUGUAACCCUGCCUUGUUACAGUCUACUGUCUAUAGUGUUAAAUGUAACCCUGCCUUGUUACAGUCUACUGUCUAUAGUGUUAAAUGUAACCCUGCCUUGUUACAGUCUACUGUCUAUAGUGUUAAAUGUAACCCUGCCUUGUUACAGUCUACUAUCUAUAGUGUUAAAUGUAACCCUGCCUUGUUACAGUCUACUGUCUAUAGUGUUAAAUGUAACCCUGCCUUGUUACAGUCUACUGUCUAUAGUGUUAAAUGUAACCCUGCCUUGUUACAGUCUACUGUCUAUAGUGUUAAAUGUAACCCUGCCUUGUUACAGUCUACUGUCUAUAGUGUUAAAUGUAACCCUGCCUUGUUACAGUCUAUAGUGUUAAAUGUAACCCUGUCUUGUUACAGUCUACUGUCUAUAGUGUUAAAUGUAACCCUGUCCCUUGUUACAGUCUACUGUCUAUAGUGUUAAAUGUAACCCUGUCCCUUGUUACAGUCUACUGUCUAUAGUGUUAAAUGUAACCCUGCCUUGUUACAGUCUACUGUCUAUAGUGUUAAAUGUAACCCUGCCUUGUUACAGUCUACUGUCUAUAGUGUUAAAUGUAACCCUGCCUUGUUACAGUCUAUAGUGUUAAAUGUAACCCUGUCUUGUUACAGUCUACUGUCUAUAGUGUUAAAUGUAACCCUGUCUUGUUACAGUCUACUGUCUAUAGUGUUAAAUGUAACCCUGUCCCUUGUUACAGUCUACUGUCUAUAGUGUUAAAUGUAACCCUGCCUUGUUACAGUCUGUCUAUAGUGUUAAAUGUAACCCUGUCUUGUUACAGUCUACUGUCUAUAGUGUUAAAUGUAACCCUGCCUUGUUACAGUCUACUGUCUAUAGUGUUAAAUGUAACCCUGCCUUGUUACAGUCUAUAGUGUUAAAUGUAACCCUGUCUUGUUACAGUCUACUGUCUAUAGUGUUAAAUGUAACCCUGUCUUGUUACAAAGUCUACUGUCUAUAGUGUUAAAUGUAACCCUGUCUUGUUACAAAGUCUACUGUCUAUAGUGUUAAAUGUAACCCUGCCUUGUUACAGUCUACUGUCUAUAGUGUUAAAUGUAACCCUGCCUUGUUACAGUCUACUGUCUAUAGUGUUAAAUGUAACCCUGCCUUGUUACAGUCUACUGUCUAUAGUGUUAAAUGUAACCCUGCCUUGUUACAGUCUAUAGUGUUAAAUGUAACCCUGCCUUACAUAAAGCUGACAGAAUGAAUCAUUCCAGAAGAGCACUGUAAUCAGAUGAAACAAAUAAUAGGUUUUAUGAUAUAGAAUUCAAACACUUUUCUACAUUGUGUGUGAGUGAAAUGAAUAUUUAAAAGACAUUGUAACCGUUGUUUGCGUAACGCUCAGCCCUGCUAUAGCAGUUCAAUAAACUCCAGAGUAUGUUGUCCAUGGAAGCGGUUGUCUCUCUGGCUCUUUAGAUAUCAGAUUCAGAAUGAAUGUGGUAGUUUGAAGGGUUUGAUCCACCUUAGGCCAGGAGCGUUUCCAAUUCACAUGACCUGACGAGAAAACCCCCCAGCCCUAUAGUCAUUGCACAGUAAUGUAAAAAGGGGAAGCCAUCUAUAAUAAUAAUAUUUUGUAAUAACCUACGAACAGGACCCAGAGUUUUACCCGACCAGGUCGGUCAUGAGAUCAGAAAAAAAUUCCAGGCCCCCAGAAAAGUAUGAAUUUUGCCACACCACUUUUGAACCUGUGGUGCCAUCUCCGACCCAGACUAUACAAAGCGCUGCAGCUCCCACAGAUGAAUGCUUAGACAGGACUAGACACCAGAGAUGAUACAGUUUCAACGCUCACUCUCUACCAGCAUCCUCACACAGCCUUUUCACACCAUAACAGUUGUCAUUCAUCCACAACUACAGUGUGUUCAUCUCUUCGAUGUAAACCGUAAUCAGAACAAUCCCAAGUGAAGAACAGAUAUCUGUGUCUUCAUCUCCGUGCCAACUGUAACCCAUGCCAACUGUAACCCGUGCCAACUGCAACCCAUGCCAACUGAUCAAUAUCAGCUGUAGAGUAGGGUAAAGAGCUGGUAGGAUCAGAUACACCAUAAUGCAUCUGUUCCACAUAGAUGCGGUAAAGGGGUCGAUUGAAUGCAGACCGUUCCAUUGAUCCGAUUGGCGCACAUUCAACAAAUCUGAUUUAACAAAGUGGAAAUUCGUAAAAUCUGUCAUGACUGAUGUAUUGUCACAGGCCCACAAUGUGGUUACUUAAGUCUGAUGUGGGUAUAUUUGGCUGUUUUCGCUGCACAACAUGUAGAAGUGGUCUCUUUUCAGGUUUAGAAGAACAGACUGCUAAACGCUAACUCCCGUUCAUAUAAGCUGGUUAGCAUAGCUAGCAUACAGAAAUCGGCGGUGGUAGUCAGUCCUGUGGUCCUCUGUAGCUCAGCUGGUAGAGCACGGCGCUUGUAACGCCAGGGUAGUGGGUUCGAUCCCCGGGACCACCCAUACGUAAAAAUGUAUGCACACAUGACUGUAAGUCGCUUUGGAUAAAAGCGUCUGCUAAAUGGCAUAUUAUUAUUAUUAUUAUUUUUAAUUGUAAUGCAGUUGAUUGGUAAACGAUGACCUGAACAUGUGUGGGGGUUGACAUCCAUCCAUACAAUAUACUCUGAUUUUGACCUCAACAUAGUGUGAAAGACACAUACAAAAGAAUAGGCUAGAUGUAGGUUAAUUUAGCUGAGGGGGGGGGGGGGGGGGGGGGGGGGGGGGGGGCAAUGAGGAGAUUCGGGAUGUUUCCCCCACGGCCCUUUUCACCACACGUUUCCAGGUCAAUUCCACUGUUUCCGUCGAGUUCGAUUGACAUCUUUACCGCAUCUAUAGCCGAUCAAUAAAGAAACAGACAUACUAGCUCCUCUGUUCAACAAUAGUGUGUAUAUGAGGGCCUGCGUCGGACAAACGCAAAGCAGCUAGCGAGGUGCUGCUCUGUGGCAGCUGCCAUGGGCAGCCUUAACGGACUGGAGAACAAAGGUGCUUUCUGUUUCCAUAAGUGGUCCACAUAUCCAUGUUUGAAUCCUUCUCAACUGUAAUGUGAUUUGUGGAUUCAAAUAAAGUGUUUAAAAUGUGUGUGUGUGUGUGUGUCUCUCUGUUUGUCUGUGUGUUGAGUAUGUGUCGGCUUGUACGUCCGUCGUGUGUGUGUGUGUUCUACUGACCAAUGAGGAGGCUGCUGCUGUAUGCGGCGGUGGUGCUGUACUGACCUAUGAGGAGGCUGCUGUAUGCGGCGGUGGUGCUGUACUGACCUAUGAGGAGGCUGCUGUAUGCGGCGGUGGUGCUGUACUGACCUAUGAGGAGGCUGCUGUAUGCGGCGGUGGUGCUGUACUGACCUAUGAGGAGGCUGCUGUAUGCGGCGGUGGUGCUGUACUGACCUAUGAGGAGGCUGCUGUAUGCGGUGGUGGUGCUGUACUGACCUAUGAGGAGGCUGCUGUAUGCGGCGGUGGUGCUGUACUGACCUAUGAGGAGGCUGCUGUAUGCGGUGGUGGUGCUGUACUGACCUAUGAGGAGGCUGCUGUAUGCGGCGGUGGUGCUGUACUGACCUAUGAGGAGGCUGCUGGAAGCUCUGGGUGGUGCUGUACUGACCUAUGA